AUGGCCGACCCCUUGAGCAUCGCCGCAAGCAUUGCGGGGCUCCUCUCUCUUGCGGACAUCGUCUUUCUGCGCUUGUCCAAGUAUAUCAAGUCAGUCAAGAAUGCCGAGAAAGAGAUCAGCGAUCUAUGCAAAGAAGUCAAUUUGGUUGGGGGCACUGUCAACAUGUUGUCGCGAUUGGCGACCUCCCUGGAGGCGGAGGACGAGUCUCCCAUUCAGGGCUUCCGAAUGCACCACGUUGACGGUUGUGCAGCGAUCCUAUCCGAGAUUGUCAACAAGACGAAGAAGUACGAAGACAAAUCAGGAGGAAGACUCAAGAAACUCUUUUGGCCUUACACUUCUUCGAAGACCAAGGAAAUGCUCGCAGACCUAUCGCGACACAAGGAAAACAUGAAUCUUGCGUUAGCAGCUACUUCAUUGAAGGCAUUACUGCGUUGUCUCGCUAAAGAGGAAGAAAGAGAACGAACCGCGACUGCAAUACUAGCCGAUGUUCAAAAAACGAAAGAGAUUGCAGUACGGAUUCAAGAGGAUACCUGGAGACGGCGAAUCCUAGACUUCUUCCUGAGAUACAAUCCGCAAUCAAAUUACGAGAUGAGUGGAAAGCUACGACAUCCGAGGACUGGCAUGUGGCUUGAACGUCAUUCGUCUUUCCAGCAAUGGCUUCGCACCCAAGGGUCCCGACUCUGGUUGAGCGGCAUUCCCGGCGCCGGAAAAACGGUACUCGCAGGCUCAAUUAUUGGCCAUGCUCUUGCGAGAAGCUCAGAUACCAUUGCUGUAGGCUUUUUCUUUUGCGACUACAAGAACGAGACGACGCAGAGCCCUGUCAAUAUUCUUGGGGGCUUGGCGUAUCAAUUGGCGAUACAGAGCGAGGAGGCGUAUUCGAUGCUCGAAGAGUAUUACUUGGAGCUCCAUCCAGACAAGGGACUCCCUCGCUCUCCCAACACAGAAGACCUAGGACGAACCAUCUUGAGGAUGUCUCAAGUCUUUGAACAUACCUACAUAGUGGUUGAUGGCCUGGAUGAAUGCGGAGAUCACGCAGAGGAGGUUGUGGAGGCGCUCUGCGAUAUUGCAAAAAACUCCGACGAAUUAUCGAUGGCGCUGCUUAGUCGCGACGAGGACGACAUUCAACGACACCUCCGAGAUUCCGAGAAGAAGUUUCUCAAUAUACAGAUUGCAGCUCAUACAGAUGACAUCACUGAGUUUCUCACGUCGGAAAUUGAACGACGUAUUCGCAGCAGAAAGCUGGUAUUCGAAGAUCACUCUCUAAAAGCAGAGAUUCUACAAAGCCUCGUGGCCGGGGCACAUGGAAUGUUUCGCUGGGUUGCCUGUCAAUUGGACCACCUUGGAGGCUGCGAUUCUGACGAGCAAUGUCGAGAAGCCCUGCGCAGUCUCCCACCCGACCUCCCAGAGACUUACAUGCGCAUCUUGAGGAGAGUUUCUCCAGCAAAACAAACACAGGUUCAGAUGACACUACACUUCAUCGCUUACGCUGAACCAAGACUCAGAAUUGAGCAAUUGAGAGAAAUUCUUUCAAUACCAUCAACUAGCCAGCAUCUAAGCCCAUCUGGCAUCAUAAGGGAAGACGCAAUAGCCAGAUAUUGCAGUAGUCUGAUUCGGAAGUCAAACGACGGGAAAUACUUUGAAUUUGCUCAUUUUUCGGUCCAGGAGUUUUUGACAAGUAACGUUUUACAGUCAUCCGGUUUAGGGAUGUUUUACAUUACUAAAUCUCAUUGCAACAAACUCCUAGCAGUCCGAUGCUUGGAAUAUCUUCAGCUCGACAACUUCAAUCAUCUACCGACGGCAACAAGCGAGGAACUCGAGUACAUGGAGCAAAGAGACGAUGAAUAUCAUCUCUACAAUUAUGCUGCGGAAUACUGGCUGUGUUUCGCUAGAGAAGAAUGGACACAUCCUGAUUUACUAGCCAUGGCGAAACGUCUCUUCGAUCCGCAGAAAUCCACGCAAUUCACGUCAUGGGUAGUGACUUUAGUCUUUAAUCUCUUGUGUUUUACUUUUCAUGAUCUCAGUGGAGAAAGAAUCGACAUAAUGGUAAUUUAUUCGAUAGCGGGAGUCAUUCACGACAGUUUCCGACCACUGCACUUCGCGGCGAUUAUGUCACUACCAGAGAUCAGUUCGUUCCUACUACAGACUUCGGAUCAUCACGAGACCAACUGCAUGCUUGGAGCUCCAAUAAAGUGUGCUGUAAGUUGUCUUGACGGGGCUCUAGAGCACUAUUGUUACUUCGACGAUGACUUAGACAACCACAAACUGGCGCGGUUUCAACGCUACACAGGAAUGGACAGUCCGGAAUUGUCUCGUACUAUCGAGACCGUGGGAUUGUUUCUGAGCAUGAAUCUCCAAGCACCGGAGGAUCUUUUACGUGUUUCUCUAAGGGAUGGAAUCAGCAUACGCAACCUUUCGGUCGCUCAGCUACUCGUCGACAAAGGUCUUGUUCCUACACAAAGCGACCUAGACUAUUUCAAAACAGUCAUGGACACGAUAAUGGAUAAUGAUAAACCUUACUGGGGCGAGGAAUAUCUGCCAUCACUGUGCAAGUUCUGCGAAGCGCUUAGCCUUGGAAUUGAUACUUCGCCCUUGCAUCUCGAGUUUUGUCAGUCGGCAUGGGAAUAUUGUCUGCGGAUUACCCCAAGUCUCACUGAUAUCGAAGGUUACAACAUCAGUUCCAAAGUUACUGAUGAUGCACGUAGCCUGAGGACAUUAGCAUUAGAUGUAGUUCGCUGGAGCCUCGACAUCACUGUGUUGCAGAGAGUAGUUGAUGAUCAACGAGUGGAUGUUUCAUCCAUUCUAAGCCCUGGUCAGGAAGAUGGGCUGUUGCAUGCACUAGUCCGGUCAGGGAAUGAUGAUCCGGCAAGUGAAGACUCUGGUUGGUUCGUCCAGGCUGAGAAACUCUUGGACUUGCUGUUGAGCGUCGGCUGUAGCCUGUCCAAGCGCAACAGAGACGGACAUACACCAUUGACGCUUGCAAUCAAAGAAAGACUGUUUAGCUUCGCCGAAAUCAUCUUCGAGAGGUGUGAAAACGAGCCGAUGGCCUGGGAAUGCCAGACUCCAAUACUGUUGUUGGUUGCUGAAUCAGGGUCUGAGGGUAUCUUAGACCUACUUCAAAGUAUAGGUCUGGAAGUUCACCUGGCCGACUAUGAACACAAAACCCCGUUACAUUGUUUGGAUGCCCAUGCGGAGUUGACCUUCGUCAAGAAAUUGGAAUCGCUGGUUUCAGACGCAAGGCAACUUCGAAGCAAUGGAAAGUUGCCAUGGGAAUGCUAUGCAGACACCAUCACAGCCGAAAGAUUCGACUCGCCACCUGUGGAGGUGCUAGAGUAUCUCGUUCAACCGCUAGUUACUCUCUCAGAUCCUUUCGAGGCGUCGAAGGUGUGGGAACACUACGCCUCAAUAAUUUUGCGGGGCAAAGGCCUUGCAUCCGAGUAUGUCGAUGAAGCAGUCAGAUGCCUGGUACGUGUUGGCAUAUUCGACAUGUACGAGAAAGAUUGUUCGAAUUCUGCGCUUUCACCGAUCGCUGAAGCCUGUUCGAAUGAGUGGUUGGUAGAUCCUAGCAGCAUAAAGCACUUUCGUCUCACGGACGACACGCUGUGUUUCUUGUUGAAGGCCACAACCUACUGGAACAGCUUCCAAGGGUCACUUUGUGCCGUCGAACUUCUGAAAGUAUCUUCCACUCUCAACUACGGCAUGACUGUAGGUCAGCUGUUAACACGAGGCAUUGAUGUCCAUCGACGCUGCAAAGGGUCGUCCACCCUGGAACAUAUUUGCGCGUUACCAGCGGCCUGUGAAGAUGACAAUUCCAGGGUACGACAGCUUCUUGAUCACGCAGAUCCCGUAUGCUUGAACCAUACAAACCCAAGCUCUGGUUUGGGGUUGAUUCAUCUCUCUAAUGAGAAGGAUGUACCGCAGUUCAGGCAUGGGAUAGUUGAAAUGCUUCUAGGGCAUGGUGUUAUUCCAGAUCUGCGGAUUAGUAUCUGGCCACGAUCAUCGGCAUUGGUUUACCACUUGUAUAAGAAACAUUUUGACUUAGCGGCUACUCUCCUCCGUCAAGGAGCGGAUCCUUCAGCUCCGGAUCGGAAAGGAUGGACAGCGACUCACGCGGCGAUUGCGCGCGGUAAUGUGUCUUUUCUGUCCGACCUUCUCGAUAUCAGGAAAUGCACUUGGAAAAUCGACUGGGAAGGUCAAUGUGACCUUACUUAUUAUGGACAAGCGUACGAAGGCAUCAGACCGCUGCAUUGCGCAGCCCUGUCAUCUGUCGAUUGUCUCCAGGCUAUCCUUGAGAAGGUAGACUCUAUCAGUCUGGAAGCGGCGGCAGAGAAUGGGUUCACUGCUGUUCACUUUGCAGUGGUGAGCAGGAAAAUUAGCGCGGUUGAGCUUCUCCAUGAUCGAGGUGCAAACAUCAACGCGAGGUCAGUUGAUGGCCAAUUAGCCCUGCAUAUUGCUGUUGCUAAAGGCUAUCUCGCGGCCGUCGAAAGACUCCUGGAACUGGGCAGCGAAAUAACACCCGAUUGUGAUGGAAGGACGCCGCUGCUACUGGCGUACCAACGAAAUGAUCAAAACAUCAUUGACUGCCUUAGAGACCACGAUCAGAGCCAGCGCGGCGUGGUUCCGGCCGGUAUGCGUUCUGCAGCUCUAGCCAAAGGGGUUUUCAGAGCUAUCCAAGCUGGGAACCUCUCUUCUUGUCAAGAGAUUUUUGCAUCACUGCCGACAGUGGAUAUAGAUAUACCUGCCAUUUUUGGGGGCCUUACAGCUCUUGGAGCCGCCGUACGCUUUGGGGAACUGAACAUAGUAACUUGGCUUCUACAACAAGGUGCAAAUGUAAAUUACCCCUGCGGAAACGACAGUUCCAUCAUCCUGUCGAUGAUUUUCCAACCCCUUUUGAAUCCGGGAUUACCAGCAAUGCUCGAGAGAUAUGUUGCGACCGGUGGUAGCAUUCUGAGGGAAUCAGGAUGUGUGGUGGCCACGGCUGUGAGGGCUAAGAAUGAAGAAGGGUUGGUAAUUCUUCUGGAUCAUCUGAAAGCAAAUAGGAAGCAUUAUGCCGAGCAAGUUGGUGCAGACUCGUCGGCAUUAUUUGCGUCGGCUGUGAAUAGAAAAUGGCAACAUAUGACAGCCUUGCAUUGGGCGGUAAUGCAGAACAAAGUGUUCUUUGUUCAGCUCUUAGUCGACAACAGCGCCGAUCUCGAGGCCAAAGACAAUUGUGGUCGCACCCCCCUCCUCCUCGUCACAACGGCACCUGCUACGGUCGACAAUUCAGUUGUUAUUCAAAUUCUUCUCCAGGCUGGCAGCAACAUCAACUGUCGCAACAACACUGGCGCUACACCAAUGGCCGAGGCAUGUGAGAAGGGGAACUCUCUUGCCAUUUCAGCUCUAAUGGACUGGGACCCAGAUAUGUUGGUCAAAGAUCACAAAGGGCGCAAUGUGUUGCACUAUCUCUUCUGCAGCAGAGAGACUAACGAAAGAGAUAGCUGUAGGCCCGCACUCUUCAUCAAGUUCACUCAAAUGGGUGUCAAGCCGAGCGAAGUCGACAUGUUUGGCUGCUCUGCCCUUCAUCUGAGUAUGCACAACAAAUGUAUGACAGCCUUGUUGCUGAAUGGAAAUGCCCAGAUUCAGGACGAAAGGCCUAUUCCGUGGUCAAGUUUGUUUUUAAACCCGUAUGCUGUCAACGCAGCAUGCCUGAUAACGGCCUUUCGGCUGUACCGUCGAAAGCUAUCAACUCAAAAGUUCCGUACGCUGCUGAAUCUUGAGGUCGUCGGUCCUCGGAAUCCCCUUUGCUUCGCUGCAUCCAGAGGGCAAAUACAAGCCAUGGAAAACAUUUUGUCUUUGGGAAGUCUGAUAGACUUUGAAGGCUGUCCUGAGGGGUCCGCACUCAUGGCAGCAUCCAGCGCAGGAACUUUAGAAUCCGUCAUCUAUCUCGUUCGCCAUGGCGCGAGCAUCUCCUUCCAAGGACACAACCACUUUCGGUCUGCAGUGAAGCUGGCCGCUACUUCACCGCGGGUCCUUCGCUGGUUGCUCGUAGAUCGAUUCACCGACCAGAAGAAGCUCGACCAGUUUUGCCACGAAUCAACCUCCCUAUCGACAUGUUUUAAGCCGUGGAGCGGGAUUCAUAAAGCCGAGAUGGUCAUAUCAGGACAAUGGGAGCGGCAGCCAUAUGAGUCUUCUCAGCAAUACUGGGCACGUCUAUCGAACAUGACAGAGGAUUUUAAGGGCAAGUUCCUUCCUCCCAACAGCGGGAAGACAACGCGGAGACAGUCGAAGCUGGUCCCGUCAGAAAGUGUCAAGAUUGCAGCCGACGGAUAUUUUGUUCCGUACGAUGCCUCGGUAGGAGAACGCGUGACGAGAAAGAGCAAGUGGUCGGAGUUGGGCUUGGAGGUUCGAGAGUGUCUGGAGCGUUUCUGCUUAUGA